CGCAGUAAACAAUCAUGGAGUCGCUGGGAGCAGAGUUACGGGACAUGGCACUCAACACAUAGUCUAUGACGCGUGUUCUACUUAGAAUCACGCAAGUUUGCGUCAAAAUGGGGAACGCGCAGAGUUGCGGUGUGGCCUGUCUCGCCUUGAGUUCAGUGUAUUUUCUUUACGCUCACAUUUACCGCUCUCACCAGCUGCUGCGGACAAACGUGUUCACCAGCGACCACCUGCCCGGCUCCUUCUAUCUCUACCUGAGGAGAGUGAGCAGGGCUGCGAGCAGGAGAGCAGGGCACCUACACACCACACCACAGAAGAAGGAGGAGGGGGGGACUGUGUUCACGGUCCUCCAGUGCAGGCUGGACCCCGUCACUCUGAGGAGGUUCUGCAGUGCAGGAGGUUAUGGUUGGGAUUAUCCUGACACUGAAUACAGAGACACCCCCCUGUGCUUCCCGGACUUCCUGUGUGGCAGACUGCUGCUGAUGGUGCUCACUGAUCCCAGCUUCAGACUCAGCCCAGCAGGUCUGGUUCGUGUGCGUCAGAGCGUGAAAACCUUUCAGCCAAUUGAUGAGCUGAAGAAAGGUCCGUUCAUGCUGCAGGUACGAGUUAUGGAGUACCGGCCCAUCGAUGCAGGGGUGGAGGUUGACGUCUGUCUGUCUGCCACCUCUCGUUCAGGGAGCCUAGUGUGGGAGAGCGUCCUGACACUGCUGUCCAAAAACAAGCUCCACACAGCCGACAGGUGCUUCACAAAGACUGAACAUGAGAGCCAACCAUGUGAGCCUGUGCCAGACAACAUGAAGCAGGUAGAGCUCAGAGUUCCCUGGAGAACCAACCCGUUGUGUGCAUGGUCCUCCUCUGACUACUCCCUACAUCGGCUCCUCUCUCUACCAUCCAGGCUGUUCGGCUGCAGGUCGCAGUCCGCACCGAGUCUCUGGAUGUUGUCAGUCUGCUUGGCUGAAAUUGAAAAACACAAAGGGGUUGAAGUCAUCACAGCUCCGAUCAACGUCACCGUCCAGUUCAAGGAGCCUCUGUUGGUACCAGGAAAAGUGGUGAUCAGGUUUUGGGAGAUGACCACAAACAGGGGCCAGUCCUGUGCUGAAGGCCUCAGCUUCCACAUGCAGCAGCCUGGAAGCAACAUAUCUCAUGUGGUGGGGAGGAUUUCUAAGUCUUGAUUAAUGUGGAGUGUUUAUAUA